AUGAAAUCUAAGGUCAACCCUGCCUUCCUUCACGCAAAUUCAACUAGCCAUACUUGGGCGUUCAGUGCGGUUGCUGAAUUAAUCGACAAUGCUUAUGACCCUGACGUGAAAGCAAGAAAGCUGCGGAUAGACCAACGCCUGAUUGAGGACUAAGUCUGUCUCACCUUUGAAGAUGACGGAGACGGCAUGACCCCGGAGACUUUACAUAAUAUGAUGAGCUUUGGAUUUUCUGAUAAGGAGCAGUUUGCAAAUGCACGUCACCAGGCUGUUGGACGAUAUGGUAACGGCUUCAAAUCUGGCGCGAUGCGACUUGGUAAAGACGCUUUAGUGUUUACCCGUCAUAAAGAUACUAUAAGUGUGGGUCUCCUGUCACAAACAUACCUCCACAACAUAAACGCACAGACUGUACUGGUGCCAAUCGUCACAUGGGACCGACCACACCAUAGAAUCCGUUCUGAUCAGGCCGCAAGCUUAAAAGCCAUCCUGGAGCAUUCAAUAUUCAAAACUGAAGACGACUUAUUGAGAGAAUUGGCUGAUAUCGAAAAGUCGGGAACUACGAUUAUAAUAUACAAUUUGAAAGCAAGGUCGGAUAAACUAUUGGAAUUGGAUUUUCAAAGUGACCCAUUCGAUAUCAGAGACCCCAAGACAAUUUUGAAAGACAGCGAAGACAGCUCUGUUGCUAUCGAUAAGAAACCUGUCCAUAUGGUGUCACUGAAGAAAUAUUGCAAAAUUUUGUACCUUAAGCCAAAACUCUGGAUAUGGAUUAGAGGAAGAAGAUUAAGGCCAUUAUGCAUUGAAAAAUGCAUUACCAAAAAACAGAAGGACAAGUACAAACCUAGCUGGGCUCAACGCCCCAUCCCAAUUACAUUUGGGUUUACUUCAAAACGUCUGGGUGACGAUUAUGGAUUAAUAUUGUAUCACACAAAUCGCCUGAUAUUAGCUUACAAGAAGAUAGGAUGUCAAAAACAGAACGACUGUGGUACCGAUGUGAUUGCUGUAGUGGAGGCCAACCAGCUUACUCCCAAACACACCAAGCAGGGCUUUGUGGAUGACGCUAAAUACAAUUCAUUUCUGCAGGCUAUUUCAAAAAAGCUGAGAGACUAUUGGAAAUAUAAAAAGGAAACUGCUGACGACAUGUCUGAGGAGCUAAACGCACCGUACUUCUAUAUCCAGUGUGAUAACUGCGAUAAAUGGCGGCGUAUUAUCGAUGGAGGAGAAACAGAUGACAUCCCCGAAAAAUGGUUUUGUCGCUUAAACGACGACCCCGCACACAAUCGUUGUGACAUAGAGGAGGAACCGGAAAAAGAGGAUCUCACAGGAGAAGAAAAGAAGAACAAGCAACUAUCAAAACAAGGAAGCUCAGGAUUUCAAUCGAGAUCGGAAAACAGACUCGAUUCAGAUGAUCAAACUUUAAGGACACAAAUCCGGGGAUCCUUGGUAAACGACAUGGACAGAAGUCAAGUUGACGAAGAGAGUACAGAAAACACCACUGAGUCAAAAAAGGCACCAGAAACAAAGCGUAGGCCAUCAUUACCUGAAAAUCCCGACAUAACUCCAGUGUUCAAUCCACAUAUGCCUGAUACACGGAACAAUUCAGUAUUGGAUGAAAGACUGGUCACACCAGGAACAAGUAACAGGAAACCUGGGAAGAAAGUCAAUAGAAAACGGAAUGCUAAUGAGAACAUGACGUCUAUGAAUUUAGAGACACCAGGAACAAGUAACGGGAAACCUGGGAAGAAAGUCAAUAGAAAACGGAAUGCUAAUGAGAACAUGACGUCUAUGAAUUUAGAGUAUUUUCUGGACUGGUCAUCUAUUUUGCUUCCUGCUGCAAGCACUCACCACAAUGAAGGAAGCAAUAACGAAAUCGACGAUGACAAUGCCUUACCUAAACGACAGCGAUUGUCUUCCAAAAGCAAGUGUUUGAGAUCAAACAUCACGAAUCAGGCUACAUCACAGGACGAACAAGAGGAGGAACAACAGAAGGAACAAUCUUCAACACUAAAUCAUUUUUGUGAUGUUGAAACUCAAACCAAGGAAAUGGCCCGAAUAUGUAGUAGAGAAUGUAUGCAGACAGAGGAGGAACUGCGUAAGAAUAUAGAGAGUGAAAAGAGGAGAGCAUCAGAUGCCGAAAGGUCUCUAAAAGAAGUCAUGUCAAAUAUGAAUAUGGAAGAGGCUAACAGAAAGAGGAGUCUUUCUGAGAGAAAGAUGGAAGAUGCCAAAACGCAAACAAAAGAAGUUAUCCGAAUGUGUAAUAGAGAGUGUAUGCAAAUGGAUGAGGAAUUGCGUACGAAAAUAGCGCGUGAAGAAAAGAGAGCAGUUGACGCUGAAAGAAAAUUCAACGAGGCAACUCAGAAUGCAUUGUUAGCUGAGAAAAAGGUGGUUGAUUUUGCAGAUACAAAGGUAAAAGAGGCAGAAAAGAAAUUGAAAGAAACUGAGAAAAGAAUUGAAGAGGUUAACAGAAAAGAAAGAGAAGCAGAUGGAAAAUGGAAACUGACUUGCGACAGACUUCGGGAGGCAGAAACCAAAGCAAACAGUUUGGAAAAGCGCUUAGUCACAUUUCGGAGGAAUGUUUAUACAUUCUUGCGAACAAAUGAAUGUACUGGCAACAGUAUUGGUGGAGAGGAGGAAGUCGAAGAAAUAGUUUCGGAAAUCAUUCGGCUUUAG